AUGGUUGUAAUGGAAGAUAUUGGAGCUGAUAUAAGUUUCGACAUUGAAGUCUAUGGCACGAGGGUUGAUGAGAAUAUAGAAGAAAAAGAUGUUAGCGAUGAGGAGAUUGAACCGGAAGAGUUGGAGAAACGAAUGUGGAAGGACCGUGUCAAACUCAAGAGGAUCAAGGAAAAGCAGAAGCUUGCUGCCCUGCAAGCUGCGGAGAAGCAGAAGGUGGGCCCAACGGACCAGGCCCAGCGGAAGAAAAUGGCACGAGCACAAGAUGGAAUUUUGAAAUACAUGUUGAAGUUAAUGGAGGUGUGCAAGGCCAGGGGAUUUGUAUAUGGGAUCAUUCCCGAGAAGGGUAAACCAGUUAGUGGUGCAUCAGAUAAUAUAAGAGCUUGGUGGAAGGAGAAGGUGAAAUUUGACAAAAAUGGACCUGCUGCCAUAGCUAAGUAUGAGGCAGAGUGCCUAGCCAAUGGAGAUGGAGGUGUGGAUCAAAAUGGAAACUCACGGGGCAUGCUUCAAGACUUGCAAGAUGCAACACUGGGUUCACUAUUGUCUUCUUUGAUGCAGCAUUGUGAUCCACCCCAGAGGAAGUAUCCGCUGGAGAAGGGCAUUCCACCACCUUGGUGGCCAAUGGGGAAUGAAGAAUGGUGGACAAGAUUGGGACUAACAAAAGGUCACUCUCCUCCAUAUAAGAAGCCACAUGAUUUGAAGAAGAUGUGGAAAGUUGGGGUGCUAACUGCUGUUAUAAAGCAUAUGUCACCAGAUAUUGCGAAGAUUAGGAAACUGGUUAGGCAGUCAAAGUGUUUACAGGAUAAGAUGACUGCCAAAGAGAGCUCUAUUUGGUUAGGUGUUUUGAGCCUGGAGGAAACUUCCAUCCUGCAUCCGAGCAGUGAGAAUGGUUCAUCUAGCUUAAGUGAGGCACCUUUAAGAAGCCGUGGUGAGAAGAAGAAACCAUCUGUUAGCAGUGAUAGCAACUAUGACGUUAAUGGCGUCGAAGAUGGUUUGGGAUCUGUUUCCUCUAAAGAUGAUAGGAGAAAUCGAUCAACGGAAGUACAAUCUGUUACAACUCGACCAAUCAAAGACAAGGAGCGGGUGAAGGAACUACCGAGGAAAAGAAAACGUGUGAAAUCAAACCAUGCUAACCAACAGGCUACACCAUCCAUCUGUGAACAACUGCGUAAUGAUCCUAAAGAAUCGCUGCUUGAUGUGAACCAGUCUAAUGUACAGUUUACUGGACAGUUAACUAAUGAAGGCUUGUCAGAAAAUGACGGGACAGUACCCAUGAGACCUCAAGAGAACAAUUUCUCCACUUUUCCUUCUGCCGAUACUAUCACCACUCAAAACAUGUCAAUGGGUGGUGGGCCAUUUCUUUAUCCUGUGGCUCAAAGUUCCAACAUUGUAGAUUACGAUUCUCGGUUGCUGCAUGCACCUCAAGAUCAUCGUAGGUUGCAAGACAAGCCUCAACAUCCUGAAUUGCAUGACAAAUCUCUAAGUUCUGCAACUCAUCAUGAACUUCAAGAACCAGGGUUGCUUUUUGGACCUCAACAUUCUGUAUGGCAGCCAGGACGUCGAGAAACUGUGCUGCCUCAGGCGACUCAAAGUUCUGGUUCGCAUCAAAACUCCACGUAUCGUUUCUAUAAUCCAUCAGCAGUAGUUGGAGUAAGUAAUGAAGGACAGCAGUCUUUGACAAUCUUAAACGAGAUACAACAUAGACCUGAGGAUUCUGGAAUCCAUGUACCUGGAAUACCUAGAAAUGGGAACGAUGUCACCGGUGAAGAAUUCCCCCUGUAUGGAAAGGAUGCAUUCCUGCGGGAGCCAGAUAGACCAAUUGACACAAGGUUUCCAUCUCCGCUUAAUACCUUGUCACCAGAUUUGUCUGGAUACAGUCUAUUUAAUCUUGGAAUGGAUGGUGCAAGUUCAUUUGACGCUGGUGACUUCAGCUUUAUGGUUGAUGAUGAUUUUGAUGAAAUCAUCGAGUACUUUGGAGCAUAA